GGCAAUCAGCUGUGCCUCGCACCACAAAAAGGGUCUGCAACGUUGUUCAACACUUUACCACACAUUUUGGCGGCGUUUCUGUUUACUUUUAUAUUUUUCAAUAAUUAAUAAAGCAAUGUCGAUUGUUCUGGAUUUUAAUGGCAAGAAUCUAGCCAAAAGCAAGACAAUGGAUCUCCAUUAUCUGCCAGCCAAAAUAGACGGCGAUGGCGAGGCAAAUGUGGAGCAAUACUUUAACAACUACACAAGGGAAGCAACCGAAUGUGGUAAUGGAAUAUUGACAAACUCCUUGCGCGGAUAUCCUUUGGUGGGGGAGCAGCUCAAAGUGCCAGAACAAUAUCGAGGAUUAGUUCUCCAGGAAACGGAGAAGUCCAUAAACAAAUCAAUCGACAGACAGCUGCGGCUCACGGGAGUUUUCGAGGAGUUUACAUACUGGAAUUACGAUAAAGUACCCUCCAACGGCGAUGCCUACCGACAGGCGCUCCUCAUGGCGGAUGUGGGCCAGGCUCUCACACAACACAUUAGCGAGCAGGAUCUAGAAGCAGAAAUAGCACGAAACAAAGAGAACACCAAGGAACACGCAUAAUUCUUAGGCGCGCUUACAGCGUUUAUUAUUAGUACUCCAAAAGCUAUUUAAAUACAUUUGUAUCUUUACAAUUCA